GAAAGCACAAAUCAGACUGUUGUAUAAAGUUUUUUUAAUAAACAUUCCAAGUCAUGUAAAAUCUGUAUAUUUGAUGAACCUGCUACACAAGUUACGCGUCUAUACAAACGUAUAAAAUAUAUGAUAUGAUUAGUUGUUGCAUUCUUAAACCAAUGGAAGAAAUGAGAGAAUGACAUGGAUUUGUGUUCAGCACAUCUACAGAUACUGCUACAACAAGACAAAGUAUUUGCUCAAUACUUUAAUGAAUACCUAUCACUGCCUAUUUUCAAAAAGCAGUUGCACUGGGAUAAAGUUAAAGACGUUUUUUGCUUCAAGACUGGCUUAACAGACAAAGCUGCCAAUGAUUUUCAAACCAACUAUCUUCCAGAAUGGAUUGAACAUCACAGACUUCCACAUUUUAUGAAUAGUUUGGUUUAUAGAGAAUAUAAAUUGUAUUUAGCUCUGACUCAAAGGUUCUUGCCAAAUGCUUCAUCAAAAAGCGGUUCGAGCCUUUCGACAGCCAAGCGUAAGUCUGUCAACUUUAACUUUGACGUCAGCCACAAAGACAGACCAUCGACAACGAAAUUUUCCCUCCCACCUGUUGCCAAAAUAACUCAACUGACUCGAAGUAAUACGUUUCCAGAAUUUGACAAAAAGUUUUACGAUUUUUACGACGACCUUAGUGAACCUGGACGUGAAAGUGUUCUGGAGUUUCGUAACAGCAGAGAUGAUGAAUCCAUAAUCGCUGCGAUUGAGCGUGUAUCGACAGGGAGUUUAAAUUUGUUAAACAGCUUAAUUGAUACAUAUUUGUCAAAUAUUCUACAAAUGAAACGAUUUAUCGCAUUUCUUCGUCAACAUUUGCUAGCUGAACAUCUCCUUACAAUAUGGAUAGAGAUCGAGUUAUUUAAAACAUUACGACUGUUGGAUGAAACACAACUUUCUUGUGUGUCUGGAAACUCAUUGAAGCAAAUUAGAAUCAGAAUAUUAAGAUUCUUACAAGAAAGGUUUUGUCAACAAUUAACUGGUGAGGCCAAGCUUCAGUUGUUGAGUGGAGGGCAAGAUAAUGAUGCGGCAUUAAUUUUGUUGUUACAAGCUCAAAGUGAUGUCCUAGAUCGCCUGCAGAAGUAUUGGCUACCAAGAUAUCUUCUGCAUCUAAAUAUUUCCAAAAACAACAAUGAAACUCUUCAAUAUUCUCAAGACCAAAUACCUGUGCAAUUAUCAGAACAGAUGUUUCCAUCAAUAUCAUUGGCGAAGUCAUUGCCGGUGCUUGAUGACAUGAAACCAAAAGAAGUUAAUGCUCACACUAUCCAGUAUGGUGCAAAUAGAAAAACUCCUGAUGACAUAAGUAACGAUAUGGAGUUGUUGGAAGCCUUAGCUGCAGAGAGAGAUGCGGGUAGUCCUUUCUCCUGUUGGAUUGCCAGUUGCCAUGAUGCUGCGUUUUCGUGGUUAUCCUUAUGGCUGGAUGUCAAUGACUAUGUGAAGUAUUUAUAUCAUUCAGAAGACAGAUUCUUGCGCCUAUCUAACCUAUGGAAAUUAUAUCACAAACAUUUUAGUCCAGAAAGUGCGAUUUCUAGUGCUGUUGGUACAGAAAGACUCCAUUCUCAAAUAUCGUCGAUAAAGAAUAUCACAGAAUCAAAAGUUACAAAUUUAUUCUCUAAAACUCAGAACAUUGCAUUGCAAAAGUUGAAACCAUAUUGGUUGAAAUACUGUGAAGACGAUGAACUCAGCCUGCAACUCAUGAACAGAAGAUCGCAUGAUAGAGAAUCAGUAUAUCGACAAACUCCUUCAGAACGCGCUUUCUACGUAUCGACAGCAGAAUCUAGAUUUUUAACUUCAAGGUGGACACAAAGACAUCCUGGAUCAUCAGAAUCACAAAGACGAAGUCGUCUCCAUACAGCAAUUGCUUUGGCUGAACGCAGUGAUUUGAAACGAUUUUAUAGAACUUCACGUGCAAGAUAUCGUGCUUCGAACAAGCAAGACAACCAAUCAGAAGAGGAUGAAAGCGAAAGUGAAAGUGAUGAUGAUAUAACCGAGAAUAAUGACAAUGAUUUCUUGGAAUUUGUUGAAAAUGUUGGAAUGAUGUCAAAGUUUAAAGAAUUUGUACAGAAUGAAGAAGGUAGAGGUCUCACGAAUGACUUGCUUAUGUUCUUGGAAAUAGAAGCAUACUUUUCCAUAGGAUUUGGUAAAUCAAGUCAAAAACAACAGAAUGCCAUGGCGAUAUAUGAAAACUUCUUCGAUCAGACAUCCAGAAGAGCAGCACAUCUACCAAUCACGUUUAUUGAUCAUGCUACAAAAAACAGACCCAACUCUGCAAUGCUACGAGAAGCACAACAAUGUGUUUUACCAGACUUGAAUCACUGCUUUGAAACAUUUUUGGAGAAAACAAACAUGCUAGUUACAUCAUCAAGUGGAAACAGUAGCCAAGUCGCAUCCAGAGUUAGUAUGGCGAGAAAUACAAAACAAAUGAAUGGUUAUACUUCUGAUGUUGAUAAGAGAGAUGCUUCACAAUUUUUGCAGGUGGAAGGUGGAAGAAAAAAACGGAGAAGAAAGCGCAAGGGUAGUGGAAGAGCCGUAGUAACAAAAGAAGAUCAUCAAAGAUUUAUCAGUGUGCUAUCCUCUAAUUCUAAACACUCUGGCUUGAUUGAGAAAUUUCGGAGAUAUUUACUAUCUUGUGGAGGUGGUGGAUUUUCAAGAUUAGAAAAAGAUUUGUUAUUCUGCGUCGAAGUUAUGAAGUUCAAGGAACUCUACAGCUACAUGGAUGAGUUUGCUUUGAAGAGGAAAGUGGAGGUUAUCGUUGAUGUGUUUUUGGACUCGGCGUCACCACCCUGGCUACAGGUUGAUGUGUCACCAGACAUUGCAUCAAAAAUUUCGCAGAAAUGUCAACACGUCCACUCUAUAAAGCGCAACUUACCUCGAGAUUUUAAAGAUAGGAACAUGUUUGACGAGGCUCAACACAUGGUGAUGGAGGAACUGCUGCCAUUUUGGAGCGGUUUUUUAAGAAUCAACAACCCAGAUGAUGUGAACGAACUAAAAGAAACAAAGUGGGAAAAGAGGCAACAUCGCUUGUACCAAGAAUUUCUAAAAUUUACACCGAAAACGCAGACAGUUCAAGUGACACCUAGCGCACUAAAUCAAGAUUGUUCCAAAACUCAACUAACUUUUUCAUUAGCAAAAGGCUAUACAUGGAAGGAAUCCAAAUCACGAAAGAAAGCAGAUGUUAAUAAAACAGAGAGAGAGGCUCAAAGUGACAGUAAAGAAAUGUCGGUAGCGUAACCUGUUGUUUACUGUCCGCGCAACAAGACUUUGACAACGUAAUGUUGGAUUCAGGGACAGUGAGAAUGAAGAUGGUGUUUUCAGUGGGUGGUCAAGUUAUUGGCAUCGUUUUGAACAUUUUAAUCGAAGGGCAAUUAAGACUAGCAUAUUAUCUUCAGUUAAAGUUAAUGUGUAAAUAAUGUAUAAAAUAAUCAAAAUCUACGUGCAAUCUCGCAUUAUCAAUUUUCGUUUGUUAAUGUUUAGAACUGAUCUUUAAACUACUUAACCGAUUAAUUACAUAUUUCUUAAAUUCUAGAAUAUAUCACAUCUUUUAAAAUUUUUAACUUUUCGACUUUCUUACAGAAACAUUAUCAGGAAAGAAGAAAUAAAUAACUUUCACACAGUUUAAAUUGCAUAUACAUAUGCUGUACGACCUAAUGAAAGUCAUUUCGAGUCUGCGUCGAUGUAGAGAUAUCCCCACAACUACUACCCGUUGAUUAGCGUCAACUCUGAGGGCUCCAGAGAUCUAAAAAUAUGUCAUAUGCCAUCGACACAUAAUCAAGAAAAAAAUGACAAUAUAUCGAACGUGUUUUGGAAAUUUAGCCUGCCAUUGUGACACCACUCGUCGUCGGAACAAACAGCGGUAUCUGAAUUAAAUGCCGGAAGUUAAUAGGCCAUGGG